GUCAUGCAAAGUCCGCUUCUCAAAGCGGCGAGUUUUACUAAGCUCCAAUUAUUUCCUCCUUAUUACUACUAUCCAUCCAUCAUCAUUCCCCCCAAAAAGCAAAGCAUAAGUAGGGAGAGAAACUCUGGUGAGAAGAAUCAUAGCAGCACUAAGUUCCGCAACGGUACCGGAAUUAGGGCAAUGCCUUUUGGUUCUUCUGUCAACUCCGGUGAAAACAAUGGCUCUUUCCGUAAAGUCAGGUUGAACGAGUCCACUUUCUUAGCCUCCCUCAUGCCUAAAAAAGAGAUUGCCGCCGAUCGCUUCAUCGAAGCUCACCCUAACUUCGACGGCCGUGGCGUUGUCAUUGCUAUUUUCGAUUCCGGAGUUGAUCCGGCUGCGGAUGGACUACAAGUGACGUCGGAUGGGAAACCCAAAAUUCUUGAUGUUCUCGAUUGCACUGGAAGUGGGGAUAUCGAUACAUCAACUGUUGUGAAGGUUGACGCUGAUGGUUGCAUUCGUGGAGCCUCAGGCACUUCCCUGGUUGUAAAUUCAUCAUGGAAGAAUCCUAGUGGGGAGUGGCAUGUGGGUUAUAAGUUUGUCUAUGAGCUUUUUGCUGAUACACUGACAUCAAGAUUGAAGAAAGAACGAAAGAAGAAAUGGGAUGAAAGCCACCAGGAAGCGGUAGCUGCAGCUGUGAAGCAGCUUGAUGAAUUUGAUAAGAAGCACACAAAGGUCGAGGAUACAAACCUGAAAAGUGCCCGUGAAGACCUAAAGAACAGACUUGAGAUUCUGCGUACACAAGCUGAUAGCUAUGAUGACAAGGGACCGGUUAUAGAUGCUGUUGUAUGGUAUGAUGGAGAGUUAUGGAGGGUUGCUCUUGAUACUCAAAGUCUUGAGGAUGAACCAGGACUUGGAAGACUAGCUGAUUGCAUUCCUUUAACCAAUUAUAGGACAGAAAGAAAGUAUGGUGUUUUCAGUAAGGUAGAUGCUUGUACAUUUGUUGUUAACGUAUAUGAUGAAGGCAAUGUUUUGAGCAUUGUGACAGACUGUUCUCCUCAUGGUACUCAUGUUGCUGGGAUUACUGCUGCUUUCCAUCCCAAGGAACCAUUGUUAAAUGGGGUUGCACCUGGAGCACAGCUGAUUUCAUGUAAAAUUGGAGAUUCACGCCUAGGUUCAAUGGAGACAGGAACUGGUUUGACACGGGCUGUGAUUGCAGCUGUUGAGCAUAAAUGUGAUCUUAUCAACAUGAGUUAUGGAGAACCUACACUGCUGCCUGAUUAUGGCCGCUUCGUUGAUCUUGUUAACGAGAUGGUCAACAAGUACCAUAUUGUAUUUGUCAGUAGUGCUGGCAAUAAUGGGCCUGCAUUGAGUACUGUGGGUGCUCCAGGUGGUACAACUUCAAGCAUAAUAGGAAUUGGUGCCUAUGUUUCCCCUACUAUGGCAGCUGGGAUGCACAGUGUGGUUGAAGCUCCUGUGGAAGGACUUGAGUAUACAUGGUCUAGCCGAGGACCAACAGUUGAUGGUGAACUUGGUGUCUCCGUAAGUACGCCUGGUGGGGCUGUGGCUCCAGUACCAACAUGGACUCUUCAACCACGCAUGCUUAUGAAUGGAACAUCCAUGUCAUCUCCUUGUGCGUGUGGGGGAAUUGCUUUGCUAAUCAGUGCUAUGAAGUCCGAAGGCAUACCUGUGAGUCCGUAUAGUGUGCGCAGAGCCAUAGAGAAUACGUGUAAUCCUAUCGGUGAUUGCCUUGAAGAUAAACUAUCUUCUGGGCAAGGACUCAUGCAAGUUGACAAGGCCUUUGACUAUAUUCAGAAGCUGCACAGCUUACCUUCUGCUUGGUAUCAAAUAAAGAUCAAUCAGUGUGGUAAACCAAGUCCUACUUCACGAGGCAUCUACCUGAGGGAGGUCAGCUCUUGUCAACAGUCUACAGAGUGGACAGUGUUAGUUGAACCAAAGUUCCAUGAAGAUGCAAGCAAUUUAGACCAGGUGGUUCCAUUUGAGGAAUCUAUUGAGUUACACUCUACCAAUGAGGCAGUGGUCAGAGCUCCUGAGUACCUUCUAUUGACUCACAAUGGGCGCACUUUCAGCAUAAUUGUGGACCCGACUAAUCUCAGUGAGGGUUUACACUAUUAUGAAGUCUACGGAAUAGACUGCAAAGUGCCAUCUAGGGGCCCUCUUUUCAGGAUUCCGGUUACUAUUACAAAACCAAAAGUUGUCGAAAAUCGACCUCCACAAAUUUCCUUUCAGGGGAUGUCAUUCCGGCCAGGCCACAUAGAACGUAGAUAUAUAGAGGUACCAGUUGGUGCUACAUGGGUGGAGGCAACCAUGCGGACAUCAGGUUUUGAUACAGCUAGAAGAUUCUUUGUGGACAGUGUCCAGAUCUCACCGUUGCAAAGGCCCUUGAAAUGGGAGAGUGUCAUAACCUUCUCUUCUCCUUCCGCCAAAAGCUUUGCCUUCCAGGUUGAGGGUGGCCUGACAAUGGAAUUGGCAGUAGCUCAAUUUUGGUCCAGUGGCAUAGGAAGCCAUGAACCUACUAUUGUUGAUUUUGAGAUUGGUUUCCAUGGGAUCAACACCAACAAAGGGGAAGUGGUACUAGAUGGAAGUGAUGCACCUGUCAGAAUUGAUGCUGAAGGUCUUUUGGCAUCUGAGAAACUUGUCCCUGCUGCAAUGCUAAACAAGGUUAGAAUUCCAUAUCGUCCUGUUGAUACCAAGUGCUUUGCCCUUUCAACCAACCGGGACAAACUACCAUCUGGCAAACAGAUAUUAGCUCUGAUUUUGACCUACAAAUUCAGACUGGAAGAUGCAUCUGAAAUAAAGCCUCAAAUUCCUUUGCUUAACAAUCGCAUCUACGACAACAAGUUUGAGUCUCAAUUUUACAUGAUAUCCGAUUCAAAUAAGCGAGUUUAUGCGAUGGGUGACGUUUAUCCAGAUUCGGCGAAACUUCCAAAGGGCGAAUACAAUUUGCAGUUGUAUUUGAGGCAUGACAAUUUGCAGUAUUUGGAGAGCAUGAAGGGCUUGGUAUUGUUUAUUGAAAGGAAAUUGGAGGAGAAGGAAGUCAUUAAACUGAGUUUCUACAGUCAACCCGAUGGUCCUAUUAUUGGAGAUAGUAGCUUUAAAUCUUCUACAUUAAUUCUGGGGUUGAAAGAAUCCUUUUAUGUGGCUCCGCCAAUAAAGAACAAGCUACCAAAGAACUGCCCUGAAGGAUCUGUUUUGAUUGGAACAAUUUCGUAUGGAAAGGUUUCAUCUGCUGUUUCUGAAGAGGGGAAAAAGCCAAACAAAAACCCUACAUCUUAUCUUUUGUCAUAUAUAGUACCUCCACCUAAGCAUGAUGAAGAGAAGGGAAAAGCUUCAUCUAGAUGUAGUGGCAAAAGUGUGUCUGAAAGAUUAGAGGAGGAGGUCCGAGAUGCCAAAAUUAAGGUUCUUGCCAGCCUGAAUCAAGGCACUGACAAGGAGCGAUCAGAAUGGAAGAAUUUGUCCAUCUCUCUUAAGUCAGAAUACCCGAAGUACACUCCGUUGCUUGCUAAAAUUUUGGAAGGUUUGCUAUCUCAGAGCAGUGCUGAAGACAAGAUUCAUUAUUAUGAGGAGAACUUCAACACUUUGCAGAUGAUUGCUGCUGCAGAUGAUAUCAUAGAUAGUAUUGACAAAGAUGAACUUGCCAAAUACUUUUGCCUGAAAAGUGAACCAGAAGAUGAAGGUGCAGAAAAUUUGAAGAAGAAGAUGGAGACAACCCGGGAGCAGUUAGCAGAAGCACUGUAUCAAAAAGGGUUAGCACUAUCAGAGAUUGAAAAACUAAAGGAGGGUGAGAAAGUUGUGGAUGAGGAAGGUAAUCAAGGUGCAUCAGAAACUGAUGCCAAAUCAGAUUUAUUUGAAGAUAACUUUAAGGAACUAAAGAAAUGGGUGGAUGUUAAAUCAUCUAAGUAUGGGACUCUUGUGGUCAUACGGGAAAGACGUAGUGGAAGGCUUGGAACUGCUUUAAAGGCGUUGAAUGAUCUGAUCCAAGAUAAUGCUGAACCUCCAAAGAAGAAGCUUUAUGAACUAAAGCUCUCAUUGCUUGAUCAGAUUGGUUGGAGCCAUUUGGUUUUGUAUGAGAAACAAUGGAUGCUUGUCCGCUUCCCACCCAGUUUACGUCUUUUUUAGAUACUACUUUCUUUGACAUACUCUAAAUCUUUUGUUCUGUAUAAUCCGAAUAAUAAAUACGAAUUUGUAAACUUAAUAAGUUACAUGUUUUCUUGUUA